GCGGCUGUGAGGCGGGAGCCAACGGCCGGCGCCGCGAGGCGGGAGGCGGCGCGGGAGCGCGGCGGCGGAGCCCAGCCUAGCUGCGGCCCGGGCCCCUGCGUCUUCUGGCCGAGCCGCCGCUGCUGCGCUCGCAGCGGGACCGUAGCCGCCGGGCCGUGGGCGCCGGCGAGGCUGGGCGGCGAGCGGGGUCUGGCGGGCGAGGGCGGGCGUCGUCUCCGCUGCCGGCGUCCCCGCGGCCGCCGCUGGCUAUGAUCGACUCGGUGAAGCUGCGCCGCGACAGCGCGGCCGACUUCUUCUCGCACUACGAGUACCUGUGCGCGCUGCAGGACUCGGUGCCGCUGCCCGCCGUGCGCGCCUGCCUGCGCGAGGGCGUGCUGGACUUUAACGCCGACCGCCUCCGCGCGGUGGACUGGCCGCCGCUGCUGAGCAGCCUCAAGAUCAACAGAGAUCUGCCGCUGAUCUCCAUCAGGAGCUCCUUCCAGCCUUGGCUGGGCGAAACAGGUUCUGACAGAAAUAAAGUUUGCAGAAGUCGUGUUCCUGCAAUAAGAAACAAAGACGUGACCUUCCAGUUAUGUAAAACUCUGAAAUGCUGUUUAAGUGCCUCGGGUGCUCUAAAGAACCUGGAGCUGAAUGGGCUAGUUCUGAGAGAGAGAGAUUUAACUAUGUUAACAAAGGGAUUGAAUAAAUCAGCUACUUUGGUGCACCUGUCUCUUGCAAAUUGUCCAAUUGGAGAUGGCGGUUUAGAAAUUAUUUGUCAAGGUAUAAAGAACUCUAUCACUCUUAAGACAGUAAACUUCACGGGGUGUAAUCUGACAUGGCAGGGAGCAGAUCACAUGGCCAAGAUCUUAAAGUAUCAGACCAUGAGAAGGCAUGAAGAAACCUGGGCUGAGAGUCUUCGUUAUCGGAGACCUGAUCUUGACUGUAUGGCUGGCUUGAGGCGCAUCACUUUUAAUUGCAACACUCUCAUUGGGGACCUCGGUGCAAGUGCUCUUGCAGAAUCUCUUAGUGAGGAUUUAUGGCUUAGAGCACUUGACCUGCAGCAGUGUGGCCUCACCAACGAAGGAGCAAAAGCUUUACUAAAGGCUCUUGAAACCAAUAGGACUCUGGUUGUUCUGGAUAUAAGAAAAAAUCCACUUGUUGAUCAUUCUGUGAUGAAAGCAGUUAUCAAAAAAGUUCUCCAGAAUGGAAGGAGUGCCAAAUCAGAGUACCAGUGGAUAACGUCUCCGUCAGUGAAGGAACCAUUCAGAACUGCUAGACAGAAAAAGAGAACUAUAAUUCUGGGCAGUGGUCGAAAAGGAAAAGCUACUAUUAGAAUUGGAUUGGCUACAAAGAAACCUGUAAGUAAUGGAAGAAAACACUCCCUUGGUAAAGAAUAUGCUCCUGAGCCUCUCCCGCCUGGCGUGUCUGGUUUCCUGCCGUGGCGUACUGCAGAACGUGCGAGAAGGAACAGGGGUUUUCCAUUAAUCAAAACUCGUGAUGUAUAUAAUCACUUGCAGCAAUCAGAGUUUCCUGUGACUGUGACAGUAGAGAGUCCUUCCUCCUCAGAAAUCGAAGAGGUCGAUGAUUCUUCAGAAAGUGUUCAAGAAGAGCCUGAGAAAACUAGCUUAAAACAAGAAGCAUUACAGGGAAAACUGGAGGAGUGCCUAAAGCAGUUAAAGGAGGAAAGAGUCAUAAGGCUUAAGGCUGACAGACGAGUCAGUGAGCUGGAACGUGAAAAUGCCCAGUUAAGAAAUAUAAAUUUCUCUUUGUCUGAAGCCCUACAUGCACAGUCAUUGACAAGCAUGAUCCUGGAUGAUGAAGGUGUUUUGGGCAGCAUUGAGAAUUCUUUUCAGAAGUUCCAUGCCUUCUUGGAUCUCCUUAAAGAUGCUGGGCUUGGGCAGCUUGCCACAAUGGCUGGUAUAGAUCAGUCAGAUUUUCAUUUGCUGGGUCGUCCCCAGAUGAGUUCUACUGUUAGUAGUCCACCUAAAGAAGAGAAGAAGGCACUUGAAGAAGAAAAACCAGAAUCAAAGCAGAACGCCCUAGGACAAAUGCCAAAUAUCCAAGUUUCUAUUUGUAUGCAGUCAGCUUACAAUGAAGGAACACUAAUGAAGUUUCAGAAAAUUACAGGGGAUGCAAGAAUUCCUUUGCCUCUUGAGUCCUUCCAGAUCCCAGUUCCCUCUGAGGAGGCCUUAGGGACUUCCAAAGACAAGGGAGUCCCAGCCACGGAGCAGCGGCGGGAGUCUUUGGAAGAAUUCAUUGCUAGAACGUGUUCUCCUUUAGCAGAUGUAAUCUCUGGAGCUGAAAGUCAAAGAAAAGAAGAGGAAUUGUCUAGAAAUAGCAGAUCUUCUUCAGAGAAAAUGACGAAAACAGGUGAAUAUACUAAAAAACAGUCUGUUAAGAAACAGCCUGGAAAGGACCUGCAUUCCUGCUCUGACUCAUCUGUAAACCGGAAAAGCAAAGGAAAUGGGCAAAACAGUUCUUUGGUUAAUGAACCAAUUAAAAGUGAGUCUUUGAAAAAACACAUUUCUGUCAAGAAAGAAAGUAGAAUAGUGACUGUUUCAUCCAAGACAACUAAAAGUAAACUCAAUGUACUAGAACAUUCUGAAAGUGAUACUCUUGGAUCUGAUUUUGAAUUUCAAGAAAGCAUCCAUACUCUAUCACGCCUGACAUAGGUCUAAAUCUUUUGAAAUUAUGUUUUUGCCUUCAAAUUUUAAUAAAUUGCUCAUG